AUGCGGGGCCUGUGUCUCCCUCGCCUGGCUCUGCUGCUGCCGGCCAUGGGGGCUCUGCUGGUGGCCGAGACCCCGCGAACAAAGCAGCCAGCCACCAGCACAGGGGGUCUCAUCUUCCACGAAGACUGGGACUGGCCGCCAGGCAGCCCACAGGACCCCUUGUGCCUGGUGACCCUGGGUGGGGGUGGAAACCACAGCAGUGCCCCCUUAUGGGUGGCAGGGUCCCUACGCAGCUACGAGCGGGCCUUCCUGGGGGCUGUACAGCGGACUCACUGGGGCCCCCAAGACGUGGCCACCUUCGGGGUCUGCAGCUCCAGCGACAAACAGGCCACCCUGCCCCUUCUGCAGCGCCUGGGGGCCUGGCUGGGGGCGCCAGGGGGGCAGCGGCUGCUGGUCCUGCACCUGGAGGAAGUGACCUGGGAGCCGACACCCUUGCUGAGGUUCCAGGAACCCCCACCUGGAGGAGCCAGCCCCCCAGACCUGGCGCUGCUGGUGCUGUACCCAGGGCACGGCCCCGAGGUCACUGUCACUGGGGCUGGGCUGCUGGGCGCCCAGAGCCUCUGCCCGUCCUGGGACACCCGCUACCUGGCGCUGGCCCUCGACCGCCCAGCUGGGGCCUGGAGCGGCUCCGGGCUCGCCCUGACGCUGAGGCCCCGCGGAGACGGUGCCCCCCUGAGUACAGCCCAGCUGCAGGCGCUGCUGUUCCGCGACGACCCCCGCUGCUUCACGCGGAUGACCCCCGCCCUGCUCCUGCUGUCGCGGUCCCAGCCCGCGCCGCUGCCUGCGCAUGGCCAGCUGGACACGGUGCCCUUCCCGCCGCCCAGGCCGUCCUGGGAAUCUGAGGAGGAGCCGCCGCCCAGCGCCGACCCCUUCCUGGAGACGCUCACGCGCCUGGUGCGGGCGCUGCGGGGCUCUCCGGGCCCCGCCUCGGCACGGCGCCUGGCCCUGGACCCGGGCGCGCUGGCCAGCUUCCCGCAGGGCCUGGUCAACCUGUCGGACCCCGCGGCACUGGAGCGCCUGCUCGACGGUGAGGAGCCGCUGCUGCUGCUGCUACCAACCACCGCGGCCACAGCCGGGGACCCCGCACCACCGCAGGGCCCCGCGUCGGCGCCGUGGGCCGAGAGCCUGGCGCGCCGCGUGGCUGCUGAGCUGCAAGUGGUGGCCGCCGAACUGCGCGGCCUCCCGGGCCUGCCGCCGGCCGUCGCCCCGCUGCUGGUGCGCCUGCUCGCGCUGUGCCCGGGCGACCCCGGCCGCCCUGGCGGCCCGCUGCGCGCACUGCUGCUCCUGAAGGCGCUGCAGGGGCUGCGCGCAGAGUGGCGCGGGCGGGACCUGCGCGGGCCGGGGCGGGCGCAGCGCAGCGCGGGGACCGCCACCACCGACGGGCCGUGCGCACUGCGCGAGCUCAGCGUGGACCUCCGAGCCGAGCGCUCGGUGCUCAUCCCCGAGACGUACCAGGCCAACAACUGCCAAGGCGCGUGCGGCUGGCCGCAGUCCGACCGCAACCCGCGCUACGGCAACCACGUGGUUCUGCUGCUCAAGAUGCAGGCGCGCGGGGCCGCCCUGGCGCGCCCGCCCUGCUGUGUGCCCACCGCCUACGCGGGCAAGCUCCUCAUCAGCCUGUCGGAGGAGCGCAUCAGUGCGCACCACGUGCCCAACAUGGUGGCCACCGAGUGCGGGUGCCGGUGA